AUGAGAGCAACGCAGCUCCUUCUGCGGGUAUUGGCGCUGCUUUGCCUGUGCUCCACCUGGUUUGUGUUCGCGAAGGAGGUCUUUACAGGCAAGGCCACUACGUACGGCCUCGAGUCGGCUCUCGGCGGGAGCUGUAGCUCGCGUAUGGCGCCGUACGGCCUCAAUUCGUCACUUUUCGUGGCGAUGAACUAUGAUCAGUACUACGAGUCGUCCAGCUGCAGCCGCUGCUUGUCCAUUACAGGCGAGAGCGGCACAGUCACGGCCUUCGUGGCGGACUUAUGUUACGAGUGCGGCUACGGCAACCUCGACCUGAACACCGGCGUUGUGGUACACUGUUGUAGGUGGAGACCCUCGCAUUUCCGAGAUUUCGUGGCAUUUCACGCCCUGUCCCGACGAGCAGGAGAAGUUCUGCUGGAAGGAAGGCAGCAACCCGCAGUGGUUCGCCUUACAGGUGCCAAACUCCCGCGACGGCAUUAA